AUAAAACAGCAAGUCGUGCGUGAGCAAAGACUCGAGGGAGACAGUAUGGUUCUGUCCUGCAACCGUCCAGAAAGCUCGCCUCCUCCCAGCAUCCACUGGAUAAACACGAGCUAGGACCGCCACUGACUUCGCGAACCUGAUGACGAGUGACAGCAAAGAGGACUACAUCUGCCACGCCCAGUACAGAGAGGCCAGGACUAUUCUCCCUGCCACUGUUGUCUCCCUCUCUGUCAAGCCGAGUGAGCGCACAGGUGACGUUCUUCUUGGCAGAAAACCCAAACUUUUCCAUCCCACUGGCAGUCUCUCCAGCGUUAUAGGCCUGAGGGGUCACAGUGUCACACUUGAAUGUUUGCCCAGUGGCUUGCCCACUCCUAAGGUGGAAUGGAAGAAGGAUGGUGUCCUGGCAAACACAACUGCUCAUGUUAUUAACUUUGACCGCUGGCUUUACUUCGACAGCAUCACCCUGGAGGAUGUUGGCGAAUAUGAAUGCAACGCCUCCAACACCCACGACUCCACCACACACUUUUUCACAGUCACUGUGGAAGCGGCUCCUUACUGGGUGAAGGAGCCCCAGAACGGGAUGUACACUCUGGGUAAAACUGUGAGACGGCAUCCCGAGGCCCAGCAUCACCUGGAGAAUCAACGGUCAGCUGUUCACAGAAGUGGAUGACGAGCCUCGGCGCAGUGUAACGAGCGGGUUGAUGAUACUGAGAGACGUUAGCAUUGGAGACACAGCCGAUGCCACUAAUGUGCACAGCUCCAUCGUCAUCAAUGCCUUCUGUUGGAG